UUAAAAGGAAAUGUCUGUCAGAUUGUCUUCAUACUUGGAUUUGGAAUUGGUUUUUGCAUUUUGAAAAAUUUGGAGUGCUAAACGCUUCCUUCCUUUGUCUUUAGUCAAACUUAAGCCAUGGGAGACUGGGGUUUCCUCUCCAAGUUGCUCGACAAAGUGCAAUCGCACUCCACGAACAUCGGUAAGGUUUGGCUGACGGUGCUUUUAAUCUUCCGCAUCAUGGUUCUCGGUGGAAUCGAUAAAGUCUGGGGUGACGAACAGUCCAACAUGGUGUGCAACAUAAAUACGCCUGGCUGCAGAAACGUGUGCUACGAUCACCUUUUUCCCAUCUCUCACAGCCGCUUCUGGGUGCUGCAGAUCAUCUUCGUGAGCCUACCGACGAUCGUGUACCUCGGCUACGCCCUGCACGUGAUCCACGCGGAGGACAAACUGAGGCAAAAGUAUGCCGAGAAGCGAGGAAACAAACUCCCCAAAUACACCGACGACAACGGAAAGCUUCAGUACAAAGGGAGUCUCCUGCGCAUCUACGUCUCUUGCAUCCUAAUGACCAUUUUGUUCGAAGCAGGCUUCAUCGUUGGCCAGUACUACCUGUAUGGAUUCAUGAUGGAACCGAAACUUUUCUGUAAAGAACUUCCAUGUCCUCAUGUCAUCGAGUGCUUCAUGUCACGUCCGACUGAGAAGACCAUCUUCAUCUUAUUCAUGCUGGUAGUUGCAUGUGUCUCGUUGCUACUUAAUGUUGCAGAGAUCGUUUAUCUGAUCUGUCGGGCUUCCAAGGGAAAAAAGCAUCAACAGGAAUAUCUUACUGAGGAAACGCAUUGCUGAAAAUCGGAUGAAAUCCAGUCUGGGUUUGUUUUUGUUUGUUUUUAACUGAAAAAAUUUAUUUACCAUUGCACAAUGUGGAGAAUAAGGGGUGUAACACUACACCAAGACAAUAAUAAUAAAAAGUCCUAAUAAGUAAUAAUAUCUAUAUAAUAAACUAUAAUAUAUAUAUUAUAUCAAUGAAGUCAAGCCAAGUUUAUUUCUAUAGAGCUUUUCUCAAAGCAGCUUUAC